UGGGCAGCGGCUUCACUUUCUUCCUGCGCUGGACCACUGGCCCCGACCCUGACCCCCGGAGCCCGGCGUGGGCUGCCGCCAGCUCUCCCCCGCCAGCCGGUCACCGUGCGGGGGGUGUCAUCGUGCGGCUCCACACCGCCAGCCAGGCCAGGCCUGGCGGUGACCUCGGGGCGGGCGGGGGCUCAGCCCGGCCUCCCGGGCAGCCGGCGGGACCGAGUCCGGGGCCGGGGGGCGGCGCACGGUGACAGUCUCGGCAGCUGUUUUCCCUCCGAGCCGGGCAGGCAGUUGCUGCUGCUUCUCAGGCAGUCCCCGCGGGAUGCCUUUCCAGCAGGGUUCUGCCAGGACGCGGCAGCGAACCGUCCUUCUAGUGGGCAUGGUGGUGCUGCUGGCAGCCCUCGUCCUCGCCGUCGUGCUGGCCUCUCUCCUGACUCACAGAGAGCAAGAGGACGGUCCCAAAAUGCUGAAGUGGAAGGACAGAGGGACCACUAAGAAUCUGCAAGAAGUUAUCCUGGGAAGAUGCUACAACUACGUCAUGGCGCGGUACCCUGAGCUGGGAGACAAGGACUGCCUAAAAAUAUGGGACUCCUUAAAACACGCAUUCAUUUACAAGAAUCCCUGUAAUAUUACAUCAGAAGAUUAUCAACCUCUAAUGGAGCUAGCAAGUCAUCCUAUACCCUGCAACAAGUCACUCUUUUGGAGCAAGACAAAUGACCUCGCUCAUCGUUACACAAAAUCCAAUCAAAAUUUCCUUACCUUGGAGGACACCUUGCUGGGUUAUAUGGCUGACAGGGUUUCAUGGUGUGGAGAUCCCUCUGCCCCAGGAAUCAACUAUGAGUCUUGUCCAAAACGAAGUGAAUGUGAGAGCAACCCUGGAUCUGUAUUCUGGAAAAUGGCAUCCAAGAUGUUUGCAGAAGCAGCCUGUGGUGUGGUUCAAGUGAUGCUCAAUGGAUCAGUAGAAGCUGGAGCUUUUGGAAGCAGCAGCAUCUUUGGAAGUAUUGAAAUCUUUAACCUAAAUCCAGAUAAAGUCUCUGCAGUACACAUUUGGCUUAUGCAUGACAUUGGUGGACCUCAAAGUGAAUCCUGCUCGGGUCAUUCCAUAAAGAGGUUAAAAAGCAUCUUGGAAGCACGAAAUUUUAAGAUCACCUGUGAAGACAAUUACAGGCCAGUUCAGCUCCUUCAGUGCGUGCAUAACCCUGACCACACAGACUGCAGACUUUGCACCAACACCAUGACAACUCCAUGAAAGGAAGCCCUCUGCACUACAGAAGACUUUGGUUAUUGGUGUGUAAGGCUGGAAAAGAUGUGGCUACAUAGCUUAGAGUGAUAAAUGGUAGUGUGCUGUGUACAGAGUCCAUAACCAGAAAUCCUUGCUGGGAUACUAACAACCAAAUAGCAGGAGAUGAUACUUUAGGUGUGAUUACUGUACACACAGGCACACAGAGGGGCCAGGGCCGUGAUCAGUGGUUGAGGGCAGAUUCUUUGCCCUGGUUUGCUCUGUCCUGUACAGAUUCCCUUGUGCCCAGAGGCUCAGAGCAGGGAUUGCCUCUGCACAUCCCUCCAAGCAGGGAUUUGUGCACAAAGAACACCUUCCAGUGCAGGCAGAACUUGCCAGGAUCAGCACUCGACUUCUUCCCAGAUGAAAGCUGGAUGGGAAAUGACCAGAGCGUGCUACACUGUCCUUACAUCCCAGCACAACUCCCCCCAGAGGGGACCGUUGCCCAUUGGUGCAUGGUAUAAAUGACGUUUCUCCUAGGGACUGUGACAGCUCUGAGCAUGUAAAACAAGUGAUGAAAGAGGCAGAGUGGUUCUUACCUUUUAAUAGGCACCAUAGUAUGUGGCUGGUAGGGAAACAUCUGAGCUGAGCCAAGAAAAGACCAGGAACUACUCAGAGGGUUGCCAGCAUCUGUGAAAUUGGGAUGAGUACGUAGUUGAGGAGAGAAAACAGUGAGACUUGACUCAGACAACUCAUUAGAAUCCUACUGGAAUCAUCAUUACAGUUGGGAUUACAUUUUAUUCUUAAUAUAGCCACACCUUUCAUGAAAGGUCCCUCCAGCCACAACUUGUCUGUCCACUGCAAUAGAGACACGCAUCAAAAGACUUCCACAUUAGGGAAUCUCUUCUGACCUUUUUCUGAGGUGAAAGGUGAUGCCUUGUCAUUUGUAAUUCAUGGGUAUAGACAUGCUGUAGCACAUAGAAACAGUAGGUUUGGCUGACUCCCCUUGAUCUCUGUUUUCCUGCUCUCAUACAGAUAAAAUGCAGUGGUUAUAAGAAAAGAGAUCAGAGGCCAGCCUGUGGCCAUUGCUGCAGUGCCUUUGUGCAGUGCCACUGACAGUAAGAGAAGAGAGCAGGCUUUGCUACAAAUAUAUUCCUAAGGUGUUGCUGUGCCAGUGUAGCCAGCAAUUGCCAAUUCAUUACACGCACAUCAAGGCUUCCACAAUGCCACAGGUUACAAUGCUGUUACGUUUUAGUGAUUGCCCAGAGCAAGAGGCAUCCUUAUAUACCUUAUAUACCCGGUAUAACUCUGAGCAUCUCCAGAUAAACCUCUCUGUAACACACAGGCCUGCACUCAGCAUAGUUGCAUCCCAAGACCUCGCCCAUAAUGUUUACAUUAAGUGAAAUGUAUUUUUAUUUGCAUUCUGUUGUGUAACUACUUAGACACAUCAACACAGACCCCAGUAGUUUCAAAUAGGUUGGUCUGGACAAGAGGCCAAGAGCUUGUCUUCAUGCUCACUUUUGUGUCUCUUCUGUUGUAAUACAAAAAGUUAUUUGUAAACCUGGAAUCUACAAUAAAACUGCUGAUGUCAAA